UCCUCUGGCUCUGUCGACAUUGCCAGGUACCUCGUUGAUCAAAAAGCGGACAUAGACAAAGUUGAUGCGAGCGGGUGGAGCGCUCUUCAUAUUGCAGUCAGCGCUGGCCACGAGGAUGUAACUAAAGAACUCGUCGGGGCAGGUGCAGAUGUAAAUAAGCGGAACGACAAAGGCCUCACCCCACUGUAG